AUGCGCUUCUCUAUUCUGUUCUUCGCGCUGAGCGCAUCCUCUGUGCUGGCCUUCCCUUGGAUGACUCCCGAAGGGAUGGACAAUCUUCUCAACCACCCAGAGGCCCGCCAAGAAAUCAACCGGCGGUUGCAUGAACUUGACAGCCGAGUUCCUAAAGAGCCUCAGCAUCACGAGGCCCGUCUGCUGGGCACCGGACUCCUCGGGGGCACCGGACUCCUAGGGGGCGUCGCUGACCUGGUUGGUGGUACUCUUGAUGCGAUUGUCGACAACGUUCUCGGCCUCAUUCCUACGGCUAAGUGCGUCCAAGGCUUGAAAAGGUUCCCCGAGGCCAAAUAUCCGUUUCAGGCACCCGGCCCUACUGACCAGCGGGGUCCUUGUCCCGGGCUGAAUACUCUCGCAAAUCAUGGGUACAUUCCCCGCAAUGGCAUCGCCACCAUUGGUCAGAUCAAUGCUGCCACUGCAGAAGUAUUCAACAUGGGAGCUGAAUUGUCCACCCUGUUGGCUGUCGGUGGUGCCGUGGAUGGCGGCGACAUCCUCUCACAGAAGAUGAGCAUCGGUGGGCCAGAUAACCGCGUGGGCUUGCUGAGUGGUGCCCUCAACGGCAUCUUUGGCACACCUUCUGGCAUCGCAGGUCACGGAAAAUUCAACGAGGGCGAUGCCUCUCCCACGCGCAACGACUUCUACCUAGGCGGCGGCGACAACAUGUCCUUCCGGCCCGAGCUCUUCAAACAGCUGCACCAGCAGGCCCUCGCCCGGGGCGGCGGCACGUACAACACGGCCGCCGUCAAGGAGCACUUCAAGAACCGCUACGCGGCCUCGAGGGCCGCCAACAAGAAGUUCUACUUCAACGUCCCCAGCGCCGCCGUGGUGAUGGGCGCCUACUACUUCAUCCCGGGCUUCUUCUCCAACGGGACCAUCGGCGCGGGCGGCAUCGCGAACGAGGCGUCCGUCACCUCCUUCUACGGCGCGAGGCCCGACCGCGCCGGCGCGUGGAACGACCCGGAGCUCACCUACACGCGCGUGCCGGAGCGCAUCCCCGAGGCCGGGUGGUACCGCCGCGCCACGCCCAUGACCGUCGCCGAGGCCGUGGGCGGGAUCCUCGACGUCUACCUGUACGCGAAGCCCGCGCUGGGCGGGGCCGGGGCGGACCAGAGCUGGGUUGCGGGCCCGCUCAGCCUGCCGAAUAAUGUCCAGGCGCUGUCGUGCUUCCUUUACAAUGCUAUAUAUGCCAACUUCCCUUCUGAGUUGUAUAACUCGGUCGCCUUGCUCGAGUCGGUGGUAAACGCGGUGUCGGGGCUGGUUGCGCCGGGUUACAAGGCUCUGGGGUGUGAUGUCAAUAUUCCCAAGGCUACGGGGGGUGACACUACAAAGCAGUGGCAGGCGUUCAUUAAUAUAUAUGUGGGACCUGCAAAGACUAAGGCAGUAGGUAGUGGGUGUUAUAAAGCGGCUUAG